UUUAUGCCUCUAGCUACACGACCGCAUAUUAAUAACAACCAUAAGCAAAAUCAUAAAUCAAGCCCCUCAAUAAGGAGAUAUGAUAAAUCACACGAUGGAAUUUCGACAAAAUUCAAAGCAACGACGCCUCCAUCAGCUCCUAUUUCUACGGAUGAAAUCGGAUUCAAAUCAGGCCCAUCAACAAAUUAUUUUGAGCGAAAAAAUCGACCAAUUAUUAAAGAUAAAGGUCCAUGCGCUCGUGUGGAAUUAAUGAUCUCCGCGAGAACAUUGGCAGACCGCGACUUCUUCUCAAAGUCUGAUCCUGUAUGCAUUGUUGAAGAGAUGACUACUCGAUAUGCUCGUGAUGAUUCUAAAAACGAAUUCGUGGAGAUUGGGAGGACUGAAUGUAUUAAAAACUCAUUAAAUCCUGUGUGGAACAAGCGAAUAACUCUUGAUUAUUAUUUUGAAAGUAAACAGUUGCUUCGCUUCAAGAUUUACGACAUCGAUUCUGAAUCUGCAAAGUUGUCAGAACACGAUUUUCUAGGAAAAUGUGAAUGCGAGUUAGCGGAUAUUGUUGCAGCUCCUAAUGGAAUUUGUGUGAUGAAAGUCUUCUCAUGUAAAGAUGUUCCUAGACAAGGCGGUUUACUGCUGGUAUGUGCGGAGGAACUCGACGAGGGACAACGUGAUAUUGCACAUUUUUCUCUUAGAGGUGUUGCUCUUAACAGUGGUGGUUCAUUUCUUAGGAAAUGUAUCCUAAAUCCAAAUACAUUUUUGGAAUUCUAUCGACUUUUAUGCGAUGGAAGCCAUCAUUUGAUCGGAUCAACACAAACAUCCCUUAAUGCACUGACCUCCCAUCAACAGAACCAACUUGAAUUGAUCAAAACAAAAAAGAACAAAGGAGUGCCUUUAAAGGUCCCAAAAGGGAUUCUUCAUUUUAUGGAUGUUCAGAUUCGUAAAGAGUUUACAUUUCUUGAUUUUAUCGCUUCUGGUUUGCAACUUGAAUUUGCAGUUGCAGUCGAUUUGACUGCUUCGAAUGGCGAGAUUUCUAAAUCAAGUUCAUUGCACUAUGUGAACUCACAAUAUUUGAAUCAGUAUGAAUGUGCCAUAUGCGCUGUAUUGGAAAUAUGCGAACACUAUAAUCAUUCCAAAAUGUUUGAAACUAUUGGUUUUGGUGCCAAAAUCCCACCAGCUUUUACAGUUAGCCAUAUGUUCCCUCUGAGGCUUAACAAUUUUGAACGUUCAGUUGAGGGAAUCCAAGGUGUAUUAGAUGCAUAUAGGUAUGCCAUUGUCAACACACAAUUAUAUGGGCCAACUAAUUUUGCUCCUACAAUUCGUGAAUUUGUGCACAAAUGUCAGCAAUUCCCUAGGGACGGUACUAAAUAUCAAGUGCUAUUAAUUUUGACUGAUGGGAUAAUAACUGACAUGCAAAACACAAUAGAAGCAUUAAUUGAGGCUUCGCAUGAGCCUCUUUCAAUUAUAAUAAUUGGAAUUGGCAAGGAAGACUUCAAGAAAAUGGAGUUUCUAGAUUCAGACAACCGUCUUUUGACUUACAAUGGGAAUGUGGCAUCAAGGGAUAUUGUGCAAUUUGUCCCAUUCCGCGAAUUUAUCGGUUCUGCAUGGGGCAUAACGCCUGAAGAACAAGCUAUUCUAAAAACUCUUUUGGGUCGAGAAGUGCUAGCAGAAUUGCCAGCUCAGGUGUGCUCAUUCAUGAAGGCAAAUUCAAUUGUACCCCUUCGAUCUCGAGCCCCAUCAGAAUGCGCUAUGAAAAAGCCACAAAUAUUCGCCCAUAAACAAUUGCAACUUAACUCAAGACUUGGCAGCUUAAAUUCUACAGUAAAUCCUGAUCAGCAACAAUCAGGAACGAGUUUACAGAACUUACCUCCCGAUAUUGAAAGAUUUCCUGAAUCUGUAAUAGCAAAACCUCCAUAUCCUGAAUUUUAA